AUGGCUCAGUUUCCCAAGAAGCAUCUGAAGUGUGCAGCAGCUCCAAAGCAAUGGAUGUUGUACACACCAACCAAUGCGUUUGCUCCUUGGCCACUUACCAGUCCCCAAAAGCUGAGAGAAUCUCUCCCUCUCAUCAGUUUAAGGAACAGACUUAAGGCUGCCCUAACAGAAAAUGAAGUAAAAAUGAUCUGCAUGCAGAGGUUUAUUAAGAUUAAUGGCAAGGUCCAAACUGAUAUAACAUAUCCUGCUGGUUUUAUGAAUGUGAUCAGCAUGGACAAGACCGGUGAGAAUUUCCAUCUGAUCUGUAACACCAAGGGUUACUUUGCUGUUCAUCACAUUACACCUGAGGAGGCCAAGUACAAGUUGUACCAAGUGAGGAAGAUCUUUGUGGGCACAAAAGAAAUCCCUCAUCUGGAAACCCAUGAUGUUUGCACCAUCCACUACCCUGAUCCCUUCAUCAAGGUAAAUGACACCAUUCAGAUUGAUUUGGAGACUGGCAAAAUUACUGGUUUCAUCAAGUUUGACACUGGUAACCUGUGUAUGAGAAGAACUGGCAUGAUAACAAAAAGAGAAUGUCACUCUAGUUCUUUUGACACAGUUCAUGUGAAAGAUGCCAAUGGAAACAGCUUUGUCACCCAGCUCUCCAACAUUUUUGUUAUUGUCAAAGGAAACAAACCAAGGAUUUCCCUUCCCUGUGGAAAGGGUAUCUGCCUCACCAUUGCUGAAGAAAGAAUGGUGGUCAAAUAG